UCCGGUGCAAAUUUGGGUCUGUCUAUGGCAAUGCCAAGGUUUUGGACACAUUUUGCUCAAAAGUGCACACCUAGCCGCUGCCUUGCUUCGCCACGUCACAGGUGCAGCCGGCGACCGCCGAACUUGCACUUGUGUCGGAUACCCUGUACAGUGUACACGUACGCUCUCGAUCCACUCCACUCGCAGCGGCGCCAAAACUCAGGACCAGUUUUCAUUCCUCAUUCCGCUCCGUCCGUGACAAGCGCCUGCCCCCAGUCCAAGCAGAAGGAAGCCUCGCUCAGAUGAUGCAAGUCUCCCAGUUCCGAGCGCUGCGCCGCGCGCAGUCGACCAUGCACAGCCGUCCGCUCCAGACGUCGCUGGCCCGGGCUUUCUCGGCGCAGAGCGACGCGGACGUGGAGGUCUGCGAGAAGGAACUGCUGCAGUCCCUGGACAAAUUCCAGAAGGAGGCCGCUGGCAACACGGUGCCCUGGUUCCUCGAGAACAUGCCGCCGUCGUACUUCCGCUCCAUCCACGAGGAGGACCGCAUGCAGCACCUGAACGCCAUCACGGCGCUGGUGGGCGCCGAGCAACCGGAGGUUCUUCUACGCUCGACCGACCAGAAGGUCUUUUCGCACUUCCGUUCGGGUGCUAACUUCCCCGGACGUCUGGCCAACGUGCUGGACCAGCUCCCCCAGACGGUUGACGGCGCCCCACUGGCCCGUGUCAAGAUCUUCACAGCGCUGGAUGACUCGCUGGGCCUCGACAUCUUCCGUUUCGGACAGCAGCAGCCGUUCCUCAACAAGACGGAGGAGGAGAAAGCCGCUCGCGCCACCAUCCAGCAGUUCUGCGCCGACAUCCAAUCCGGCAAGUAUACCGGUGACGAGGCUUACCCGGUCGCCGGACCGCACUUCGAGCCCGAGACCGUGGACGCCUUCCUGAACAGCAGCAACACCAUGUACGUGCAGUUCAGUCACCCGCGUCGUCUCGCCAAGCAGAUGGAGCUGUUCGCCCGCGUCAAGGGCACUGAGGGUGUCGUCGUGGACGUGGAGCACAACUGGGAGUCUCGUAGCGAGGAGAACAAGUACGCCACCGCCGCCGCGCAGACGAUGCUGACCAUGGCUGCGUCCAACGUCCUUCCUAAGGGCUUCAUGCAGAAGGCUGCCACCUACCUGGGUCUGUGCAACCUCAACGUUGUCCGUGCCCACCUGGACGUCGUCAACAGGGGUGACAGUGACCACGUGGCCAUGGUCCGUAUCCUGGUGCAGCCUAGCGAGCAGGCUCUGAAGGACAACUUCGAGUUCGAGUGGUCCAAGAUCUCGGGCAACCUCAAAUACAUUAAGUGGGUGGACGACCGACCGGUGAACCUCACGCUGCAGCACCCGGACCUGGGUAUCUCGCGUGCCGAGCUUAUCUACGCGUACGGCAACAUGAUGCACGGUGUUCUGGCCAAGAAGGACCCGUUUGCGUACUCGCUGACGCGCAUCAUGGAGACGCUCGAGCACGAGCAGCACCUGCCGUUCGCUUCGCGCAUCUCAGACUACUUCCUCAACAAGUUUGACCCUCAGCAGAAGCAGCUGACGGACACCGAGCAGGACGCCAUUGUCGAUGAGAUCAAGGCCGACAUCCGCCGCAACGUGGAGCAAGAGGACGCCAUUGAGCUGCUCAACACCAUGGCCGACGCCGUCCGUGGCACGCUCCGUACCAACAAGUUCGUGCGUGAGCGUUACGCUCUGUCGCUGCGUAUGGACCCUAAGGUCUUGGGCUACGGCACCGUGGGCAAUGACACGCCUUUCGGCGUGUUCUUCAUCUACGGCCGUCGCUUCAAGGGCUUCCACGUGCGUUUCCGUGACAUUGCUCGUGGUGGUCUCCGUAUGGUGUACCCCAGCUCCACUGACGCCCACGCGCUCGAGAGCGCUCGUCAGUACAAUGAGGCGUACAACCUGGCUUUCGCUCAGCAGCUUAAGAACAAGGACAUCCCGGAAGGUGGCUCCAAGGCUGUGGUGCUUUGCGACCCUAUCGUCGGACCCGUUGGCGACAUGGCUCCGCGCGACUUCAUCAUUCGCAAGAGUGUCAAGGCCUUCUCGGACGCUCUGCUUGACCUGAACACCACGGACGAGGCUGUGAAGGAGAAGAUCGUCGACUACUACGGCCAGGACGAGCUCAUUUACCUGGGACCCGAUGAGAACAUCAUCCCCGAGGACAUUACCUGGAUGACCAACCGUGCUGCGUACCGUGGCUACCCGGUGCCGCGCGCCUUCAUCAGUUCCAAGCCGGACGCUGGUUUCAACCACAAGGUGUACGGUGUGACCAGUGAGGGUGUCGCCGUCUUCGCCGACGUGGCUCUGCGUUCGCAGAACAUCGACCCCACCAAGCAGCCGUUCACGGUCAAGAUCACCGGCGGAACGGACGGUGACGUUGCCGGCAACGUCAUCAAGAUCCUGCACCGCGAGUACGGCACAAACCUGCGCGUGGUCGGCAUUUGCGACGGCACGGGUGUGAUCGAGGACCCUCAGGGUCUGGACAUGGGUGAGCUGCUGCGUCUUGUGGACGAGUCGCUUCCCCUGUCGAGCUUCGACGACUCCAAGAUCGCGUCGGCUACCGGUAUCAAGCACGACAUCAGCACGGCUGAGGGCAUCCGUGCCCGUAACACGAUGCACAACCGUGUCAAGAGCGACCUGUUCAUCCCCGCUGGUGGCCGUCCCAACACCAUCAACGAGAACAACUGGGCUGACUACCUUGACGCCGAUGGCAAGCCGUCGUCGGGUCUCAUCGUGGAAGGUGCCAACCUGUUCGUGACGCCUGAGGCCCGUCAAAUGCUGUUCGACAACGCCGGCGUCGUCAUCGUCAAGGACAGUUCGGCCAACAAGUGCGGCGUGGUGUGCUCGUCGUACGAGAUCGUUGCCAGCAUGCUGCUUGAGACCGACGAGUUCCUUGCUGUCAAGGACGAGCUGGUCGUCGAGGUGGUUGACAAGCUGCGUGCUCUGGCCCGUGUCGAGGCUCAGCUGCUGUUCCGCGAGUACAAGAAGGACCCGUCGUCAGCUCUGCCGCCCGCCAGUGAGCGCAUUAGUCACGCCAUCACCCGCGUGCACGACGCUGUCUUGGCCCACUUCGACAACGUGUGCGAGGAGGACCAGCAGAUCCUGUUCACGCUGAUUGAGGAGCACCUGCCGGCAAAGCUCCGCGAGCUGGCCCUGCACCGUGUGCACCAGAACGUGCCUCUGGCCUACAUCCGCUCCAUCGUGGCCUCCAGCCUGGCCAGUAAGAUCGUCUACCGUGAGGGACUCCAGUUCACGGAGGCGCUCCCGGAGAGCAACCUGGGCAACAUAGCUCUGCAGUACCUCAAGCAGGAGAAGAAGGUGCAGCGUCUCGUGCAGGACGUGCGCGAGUCCUCGCUGGCUAAUAAAGACGACAUCGCUGACCUCAUUGCUCGCGGUGGCGUCCGUGCCGGCAUGGACACGCCCAACUAGACUGUGCAUUAAUUAAACCAUUCGUUAGAUGAGCAUGUGA